ACACAUUAACAAAUCUAAAGAUUUGAACCCUGAUAGGAAAAAAAUGACAAUAUAAACUAUAAUAUUUUACACUUUUAUCUAUUAAAGAAAAGAACAACACAUCUACUAUUUGUCUCCAUUCUCCGCGAUAGCACUCAUUUUGCUAAAUCAAAAUCUGUCUUUCUUCCCCAAAGAAGACCUCUCAACACAUUAAAGUUUGCGAAAAGAUAUCGCGAAAUGGCAAGUGAAGCACCGAGUUGGGCAGAUCAAUGGGGAACCGGAGGGAUCGGCGAGAUGCCGGAGGAAGAGAACACCAAAAGCAAGAAAGAUGCCAGCGGUAAGAAUUCUGGCCAAAACAAAUCGGCCAAGAUUGUUGAUUUCAUAAGUCUCAAGUGGAUGAAGAAUCUUGUGCAGAAGAAGAAAAAAGACUCUGAUUCUUGAAAAAGAAUAGAAAAAAAUAUCAUUGUAUCCAUAUUUCUUUUCGAUGUUUUGAAAGAAAUUGUUUCAUCCUAAGAUCUCAAUUCAUCAUUUUAUUUAUUUAUAUAUAUUUGUUUUGAGUUUCA